UUACUGCUAGCCAGGAGUAACGUACAUCACAAAAACAAUUAGUCCCUUUGAAAUUAUAAACGUUUGUUUGCUUGUUUCUCAGCGGAGUAAAUCUAUAAGCAGUAUGAUAGAUGCGAUUGUACACCACCAUAUGUGAUGGAUAGCAGCAGCUUCUCGUGUUAACACCGACCAGACGAAUAAAGCGGCAGAGUUUUAGAUCUGUCUUAUUAACGAGCCGGUGAUUCCCCGGUAAGCAGCUUUGCCGGAGCUGAGACUCGCGUUUCAUACAAACCGUCUCGACUCGUUUCGUUUCGUUUUGUCUUUAAACAGAUGAUGUUGAAUGACGUGUGGUUUGACGCGUUGACUCAAGGAUCGUUUCCUCAAUGAUUGGGUUUUAUGACUCAGAGAUUAAGACUUCUCUGUCUGUGUUCAUAUGGAAGUUUCUGCCCUUUUAAGAGAUAAAUAAUCGGUUUUAUACGGCUAUUUUAACGGAUAUCUACGUUUCAUCGGCUGUCAGUAAAUAUUGGUCAGUAUCACCGGAUCUCGCUUCAUCGGUUAGUAUUUUUAUAUGUUGGAUAUUCCCUGAUGGCACCAUCUGUUGAGAAUAAGGCAAAACAAAAGCAAGGCGAGGAGAAGAUGCCUCAAGCCAAGGUGAAGCUGGUGGUGACAGGAGAUGAUUUCGGGUACUGCGAGAGAAGAAAUCAAGGGAUUGUGGACUGCUUCAGAUCUGGUGGGAUCUCUAAUGUCUCUCUUCUGGUCAAUGCAGUCUCAGCGGAGCACGCGGCAGAGCUGGCUAAAAGGAAUCACAUCCCCAUCGGACUCCAUGCGAAUCUCUCAGAGGGUCUUCCAGUCUCUCAGGAUCUGAAGGGUUCAACACUCCUCAACAAGGAUGGAUUCUUCCAUGGCAAGAUGGGCUUCCGGGAAGUUUUGCAGAGUGGCCAGCUCAAGAUGUCAGAGGUGGAGGCCGAGCUCAGAGCCCAGGUAAAUCGAUUUUGUGAACUGGUUGGCCACAUGCCCUACCAUAUGGACGGCCACCAGCAUGUGCACAUUCUGCCAGAGGUGCGAGAGGUGUUUGCACAAGUUCUCUCUGAUUUUGGAAUCACCUACACACGGGUCCCCAUAGAACCCGGACUUAAAUUUUGUACCUUCCUCCCGCCGCAUCUGCGGGACUUCAAUGCACAGGUUGAAAAAGAUGCCCUGGAAUCGAUCGAGGUCUUUCAUCGCCAUGGGAUUAGAUGGCCUGACGUUUACCUGGGCCUGAGCACCAUGGGUAAGAACAUGUCUGUGUCCAACCUGAAACGCGCUUUGGGCUUCACGCUGGAAGCUACACUAGAUGACCGUGUGUGCUCCCCAUUGAUACAGUCCAGUGAUGCCACGACCGACUCCUAUUGUCCGGUUACAGCAGAGCUCAUGGUGCAUCCAGGAUAUCCCAGUCAGCCUCACCAGGGCGGAUGUGGAGAAGGACCGGACGACUUCUCACAGUCCGCAGACAGACUACACGAGCUGAAUACUUUGAAGGACCCUUUAGUGCUUAACUACUACAGGCAACAGGGGAUCCACCUCUGUGCCUUUAAAGACUUUUAAACAUCUCAAACAGAGGAUUUGGGGUGUUCUCCUUUAAGAGCUUACCUGAUACCUCAAUUAGUCUUUAGAGUAUGAGUGCUUGGUUUGGGAAAGACAGAAAAAUCGGCAUUCUGUUUCAUUGUGCUGCUUCCAAAGCCCAUAUGAAACAAUUUGAAGCUGCUACUUGAAGUAGAGCCAAAACUAUAUUCUAAUUAUUCAACAGAAACACAAGGUACUAUUAGAUUGACCUGUUUUUAAAUGGUUCAACAAGACAUUUAGUUUUUAAUUUGUGUCCUUAUAAGAGAAAAGUGCAAUUUUAUCUGGAUUUGUUUUUGAAAAUGUUGCCUCAUCCGAGCAAGUUUCUCUCAAAUACUGAUAUUAAUAUUGCAGAGAACUGUUAAUCUUAACAGCAAUUCCAUAUAUGUGUAACAAACUAUAUGAAGAUUUUCAGUCAACUAAACAUGUAGCAAUUACUUUAUAUAUUUAAAAAUGAAAGGUAUUUUUGGUACAGUGUUUUUAACAAAUGUAUUUAUGAUAUUUUAUGAACCUAAAAUAAAGAGUUCAUUUUA